UGAGGAAUGUCGCUGCGCGUCUCUUCGGCUCAUUACGGCCCGUCCUCGGGGAGGUUCUGUACGUGGCAGCGUCUCUCUCCAGCCCCUCUCGGUACUAUCCACAGCCGCGGGGUGCCAAGUGGAUUUGCGUCCACCUGCGAAAGUGUGACGGUCCUCAGAGGAAUAAAGACGAUUGAAGUGGACAUAAUGAGGGUGUUCCUGCUCGUCAUCUCCUGCAGUCUGCUCUGCUGUCGGACCGCACAGGGAGAGAUCUUCACCUCCAUCGGUCAAAUGACAGACCUGAUCUACACGGAGAAGGAGCUGGUUCAGUCUCUGAGGGAGUACAUCAAAGCGGAGGAGUCCAAGCUCGCUGCUGUUAAAAGCUGGGCCAGUAAACUCGAUGCUCUGACUCGAGUGUCCACCUCUGAUCCAGAGGGCUACCUGGCUCACCCAGUCAACGCCUACAAGCUGAUGAAGAGACUCAACACCGAGUGGUCUGAGCUGGAGAGUCUGGUGCUUCAGAACCCCUCUGAUGGCUUCGUCUCCAACAUGUCCGUGCACAGGCAGUACUUCCCAGAUGCUGAGGACGAGACGGGUGCAGCCAAGGCACUGAUGCGGCUGCAGGACACGUACCAACUGGAUUCUGAAGCGUUUUCCAAAGGAAAGCUGCCAGGCGUGCACUCCAGCGCCCUGCUGACGGUGGACGACUGCUUCGACAUGGGGAAGACGGCUUACAACGACGCAGACUACUACCACGCCGUGCUGUGGAUGCAGCAGUCCCUGAAGCAGCUGGAUGACGGAGAGGAAGCUGUGAUUUCCAAAGCGGACAUCUUGGACUACCUCAGCUACUCUGUGUACCAGAUGGGCGACCUCCCCCGAGCCAUUGAGCUAACGCGGCGCCUGGUGGCCAUUGACCCUUCCCACCAGAGGGCAGGAGGAAACCUCCGUUACUUUGAGCGGCUCCUGUUCAAGCAGCUCCGUGAGAUGAACCAGGACUACGAGCCUGCCUCUGAGGAGCCCAUUCAGCUGGGAACCUACAGUAGACCCAAAGACCAUCUCCCAGAGAGAGAGGCCUACGAGGCUCUGUGCAGAGGAGAGGGGAUUCAGUUGAACGAAGCGAGGCGAAGCCGUUUGUUCUGUCGCUACCAGGACGGUAAGAGGAGCCCUCGCCUCCUGCUGAAGCCCAUGAAGGAGGAGGAUGAGUGGGACAGUCCCCACAUUGUGCGCUACCUGGACAUGCUGUCAGAUGAGGAGAUAGAGAAGAUUAAAGAGCUGGCUAAACCCAGGCUUGCCAGAGCUACUGUGCGCGACCCCAAAACAGGUGUCCUGACCACAGCCAACUACAGAGUAUCAAAGAGUGCAUGGCUGGAAGCAGAGGACGACCCCGUCAUUGAGAGAGUAAAUCAGAGGAUACAAGACAUCACGGGCCUCACGGUGGAAACCGCGGAGUUACUGCAGGUUGCAAACUAUGGAGUCGGGGGACAGUACGAGCCACAUUAUGACUUCUCACGGCGUCCUUUUGACAGCAACCUCAAGGCCGAUGGAAAUAGACUUGCUACCUUCCUAAACUACAAAGAUGAGCCUGAUGCUUUCAAAAGAUUAGGCACUGGAAAUCGUGUGGCAACUUUUUUAAACUACAUGACUGAUGUUGAGGCGGGAGGAGCCACAGUCUUCCCUGACUUUGGAGCAGCGAUCUGGCCUAGAAAGGGGACGGCCGUGUUCUGGUACAAUUUGUUCAGGAGCGGGGAGGGAGACUAUAGGACAAGACAUGCAGCCUGUCCUGUCCUAGUAGGAAGUAAAUGGGUGUCAAACAAGUGGAUUCAUGAGCGAGGACAAGAGUUCAGGAGACCGUGUGGCCUCACAGAAGUGGACUGAAGAUUACCACACAUCUAUGCAGCACACAAACAUGUUCUCUCACACUAUGUUUUAUCCCUGGCAGUGACACAACUCACAGACAUAUUCUACAAAAAUUACAUCAGUGUUCUCUCUCUUUCUCAACUUGUCUGCAUUAUUAAGGGCAGACGAGGACAGUUAAAGCCCAUUGGUGCCGAGAGCUCAGUUUUCUUUUGCAUAUCCCUCUUGACUAAAAAAAUAUGCACUGACUGUUGAAUUAACAAGCAUUAAAAACAACAUGAGAUCAUGCUUGGUUUCCAGAAAUUACAUUUUACACUUUGGACUGGAAGAAAUCUUGGAAAAAAAAGCGUCUCAAGUUUACAUCAGUGAUGUUCCUACACAAAUUAGCAGUAGCGCUAUAAAUGUAUUGCUAACUGGUCAAUUGUUGUGAUUUCAUUCCUUAUCAUUUGCACUCAAAGCAUUUUAUUCCCCUUCAAACUUGAUAGACCUGUCUUUCAAAUCAUGUUCAUUGUGUUUAUUUAUGUAGCGAUUAAAUUAUUACACUGUUGUUACAUUGUAUCCUCUUUCUACAAGAUGGCCAACAAGACAGUCAAUAAACAGUGUCUUUUAUUAAA